CGAAUCAUCUCCGGGACAGAUACGACAACCAAGAACAAAACGAGACCAAACACUAAAAAGGCGCUUAAACAGUUUCCUUUAAAGCUGGAAAGCACAGUACAAACCUCUGCUUUCUCUGAAAUUAAACCGAACAAGCACCAAAAAAAACCUUCUUUUCCCUGUUUAGCUAUCGACACAGGUCUCCAAAUUCCACGCAAUUUUAGAGGAAAGGGAAAGCAAAACAACUUUCUUAAUUGUCAAAAAGCUAGGGUUUAAGUCUUUUUUUUUUUUUUUUACGUGUUGAUAGAAUUAUGGAUCGUCUCCGCCGAAGACAGAGACCGGUGUUCUCUGGGUUCACAACGGCUGAGAUAGAGAAGAUGGAGAGAUUGCUAAAGGAAUCAGACCAACAACUGGACAAGGAGUUCUUUCAGAAAGUUGCCAGGAGAUUUAGCUCCUCUGCUGCCCGGGCUGGGAAACCUGUUGUUAAAUGGACUGAGGUACAAAGUUGGUUCAGAACUAGGCAGCAGGAUUGCCUGUCCAAAGUUGCAUCUUCAACUGAUGCUUCAAAUCAUGAUUCUCCACUCCCGAAUUCUAAUUCUUUUAAUAAGACAAAAGAAAGUUCUCGAAUUCCUGAAGGAGAAACAAUCCCAGAUUUGUCAGAGUUGAAAUUUGAGGCAAGGUCAUCAAAAGAUGGGGCGUGGUAUGAUGUUGACAUGUUCCUCUCUCAUAGAAUUCUUGCAUCUGGGGAUGCUGAAGUUCGUGUUAGAUUUGUUGGAUUUGGGGCUGAGGAGGAUGAGUGGGUCAAUGUAAAAAAUGCAGUGCGAGAACGUUCAAUUCCUCUUGAGCAUUCAGAAUGCCACAAAUUGAAGGUCGGAGAUUUAGUGUGCUGCUUUCAGGAAAGAAGGGACCAGGCACAAUACUUUGACGCCCACAUUGUCGGCAUUCAAAGGAAAACGCAUGACAUUAGAGGUUGCCGGUGCCUUUUCUUGGUUCGAUAUGAUCAUGACAACACUGAGGAAAGAGUCCGUUUGAGGAGGUUAUGUUGCAGGCCGGCAUAAUAGAUCUUCUGUGAUAAUCUAAUUUUUCAGCUCACUUCUUUUUGUCCUUCAUUCAUAUCAAGGCUUGGUAGGGAGGGUACUUAAUCUAUGAAUAUACGUUAUAAAUAUCUCGGGAAAGCUCAAGUCAGAUUGAUUGCUCUAACCCAGCCUGUUUCUGACAAUACAAUUUUAAUCGUUGUAUUCAUUUCGUAAGCUUUCCUCAA